GGCGGGUGAGCCGGCCGCGCCCUCACCCCUCCCGGGCCUGCCCCCGCCGCGGCUGGCAGCGCGGAGGUUGGUUUUUGGAGGUGUCCUGGCUGAAGUGACAAAGAGUUCUCCCCAUGUGACACCCCGAGGUGCCUUUGAGGAAAGCUCUCUGGAUCUCUUUAUUGGCUGAUGGAGAAGUAGGCUCCCCACACCCUCUCUGUCCCCAGCUGAGAUUAUGGUGGAUUUGGAAUACAGGGCAGAUUUGGGAUACAGCCCAGGCCUGGACAUCCUGCUGCUGACCCAGCCCCGGAGGCGUUAGCAAGAGCCCUGCGCCGUCCACCCCCGCAGAGACCACCCCUCCUACCAGGGGCCUGGAGCCGGCGAGUGACUAUGCGGCUUGGACUGUGUGUGGUGGCCCUGGUUCUGAGCUGGAUGCAUUUGGCCACCGGCAGCCGGGGGAUCAAGGGGAAGAGGCAGAGGCGGAUCAGCACCGAGGGAAGCCAGGCCUGUGCCAAAGGCUGUGAGCUCUGCUCGGAGGUCAACGGCUGCCUCAAGUGCUCGCCUAAGCUGUUCAUCCUGCUGGAGAGGAACGACAUCCGCCAAGUGGGCGUCUGCUUGCCGUCCUGCCCACCUGGAUACUUUGAUGCCCGCAACCCUGACAUGAACAAGUGCAUCAAAUGCAAGAUUGAGCACUGCGAGGCCUGCUUCAGCCACAACUUCUGCACCAAGUGUCAGGAGAGCCUGUACCUGCACAAAGGCCGCUGCUACCCCGCCUGUCCCGAGGGCUCUGCGCCUGCUGACGGCACCAUGGAGUGCAGCAGCCCGGCACAAUGUGAAAUGAGUGAGUGGUCUCUGUGGGGGCCUUGCUCCAAGAAGAAGAAGCUCUGUGGCUUCAGGAGGGGCUUGGAGGAGCGGACGCGGAGGGUGCUCCACGCCCCCGGGGGAGACCACGCCUUAUGCUCCGACACCAAGGAGACGCGGAGGUGCACGGUGCGGAGGACGCCCUGUCCGGAGGGGCAGAAGAGGAGGAAGGGCGGCCAGGGCCGGCGGGAGAACGCCAACAGGAACCCCGGCCGCAAGGAGAGCAAGGAGGCGGGCACCGGCGCUCGGAGACGCAAAGGCCAGCAGCAGCAGCAAGGGACAGUGGGACCGGUCACCUCCACGGGGCCCACCUAGGGACCCUGUUCAGCCUCCCGGUCCAUGCAGGAGUCCAGUGCCGCUCUGUGUGAUGAGAGCUUCACUGAACUUGAGCACUGGGGGCAAUGCGUACACACCCUCUCCAUACAUACAGGAACACACAGACACAUGCACACAGACCCCAUGUCCAAACAGGUAACUGACAUACGUGCAAACAUGUGUGCAUGCAUGCACGCACGCACACACACACAUCGAGGCUACUGGCAGACACUUCUGUCCCUCGGACAUCACUGUGUGAGCAGGGCGGGGAGGCAGAGGGGUCAUCUCUGCCCCUCAGAGGUCCAAGAGGCACACACUUGGUUUGUGACGCAACCAGUGGACGCAUCAGAGAGAAUGUUGACCAGCAUCCAAGCUCAGACUCUGCAGAGUGGAACCUUCUGGAGGAGUUCAUAGGACCAGCCUGCGUGGCAGACAGCAGCCAAAGCUUGAGGACUGGUCAGCAUCUCCAGCUGUGUGACUUUAUCCUUGGAGAGUACUGUUACACAUUCAUAUCAGGGCUUUCCUGACUCUGAAAACUGCUUAAAGGUUUAUUUCAAAUUAAAAACGAAAACCUACUGACCACAGUAGCCACAGGUACUAUGUUUCUUUUCUGGGUACAGGGUUUGGUGGAGUGCGUAGGAGAGCAGGAAGAGA